AUGCUGGCCAAGGUUCGACAACAAUUUUGGCCAGUGAAUGCGAAGCGCAUGAUCAAUCGAGUGCUCAAGCGGUGCGUCACGUGCUUCAAGGCGAGUCCGACUGAUGUGAAGCUGUUCAUGGGAGACCUUCCGAGCGCACGAGUGACGGCUGCGUUGCCGUUCAGCCGAACCGGCGUGGACUACGCCGGUCCAUUUUACUUGAAGGAAGGACGUCUGCGGUCUCCACGAAAGGCGUACGUGUGCGUUUUUGUUUGCAUGAGCACCAAGGCGAUCCACCUGGAACUGGUGGGCUCGUUGACAACCGACGGGUUUAUCGGAGCGUUGCAUCGGAUGGUGAGCCGACGAGGGAUGGUAUCCGAGAUGAAGUCUGACAACGGCACGAACUUUGUCGGCGGAGACCGCCGGCUGACAGAAUUGAAGGAGCUGCUGAAGUCCGACGUGCUGAAGACCAAGAUUGAGGAGUUUUGUCAGCCCCGUGGCAUAGUGUGGUCGUUCAAUCCGCCGAAGGCGCCGCACCAAGGAGGACUCUGGGAGGCCGGGGUCAAAUCCAUGAAGAGGCACUUGAACCGAGUACUCAACGAAUCGCACCUAACGUUCGAGGAAAUGUGCACGCUGCUCUGCCAGAUUGAAGCCAUCCUGAAUUCGCGACCACUGAUUCCGCAGAGCGACGACCCCCGGGAUUACCAAGCUCUGAGCCCGGGCCACUUUCUGAUCGGUCGUGAGCUGACAGCAGUAGCUGAGCCGUACUACGACGGCGUCAAGGAGAACGCGCUGUCCCGAUAUCAGCUGAUCCAGCGUCGGAAGCAGGCGUACUGGCGUAGGUGGUCGAACGAGUACCUGACUACGCUACAGCGGCGUGGCAAGUGGUUCAAGGAUCCGACUCUGCUGCGCGAAGGACUUCUGGUGGUUAUGAAGGAGGACAACUUGCCACCACAAACAUGGAAGCUGGCACGGAUCGUGGAGACGCAUCCUGGCCACGACGGAAUCGUCCGAGUGGUCACUGUGCGAACCAGCAACGGGAACCUCUACAAGCGAUCCACGAAGGAGUUGGCGGUGCUGCCGAUCUACGACGACCCAGGACAGAACCAGGAGAGGUCGAGCCAACCGGCUCCGGGGGGAGGAUGUUUACCCAAAAUUGGGUAG